UGGUAAAUGUACAAGGAGCGUAACUCAAUCAACUCCAGAAUUUACGGUACAAAAUUCCUAUCUAUGGUAAAUAAAUAAUCUAAAAUAUUUACUAAGAUAUAUGUAGCUUAAUAUAUUUGCUUCUGCCAUACCUUUUCUGUUUGGGGAGUUAUUGUUCCACCACUCCGUACCAACUAUUAAAUGAAGAACCAAAGAUUUGUUUUCUGUAUUUGUCAAUAAGCAACUCUUGUAGGGGUCCCGGCACAGAGAAUAUUGAACUAAAACAUGGGGAGGAUUUUGAUUGGCUCCCCUCGUAGGAUGAUAAAUUAUUCAAAUCUUGCUUCAUAUAUAUCAUGCCACUCUUCUUAACGUUGCCCUUGCUGAAAUUGCAGACACAAAAGAAAGAACAGUUUUCUGCAAAAAAGAACCGAACCAGCUACAUUGGUGGCCAAAGCUCCAUUAAUGAGUCGUAGACAAUUAGCUUUGCACAGACAGACAGACUUCCAAUGUACUGCGGUCAUUCAAACAUACUGGCCAAAUCUAAUUCAAACUAGUCUCUACAUUUCUCCCAUCUUUCUGGAGGCCAAAAUUAUAGUUGAAUAAAUCAUUGAUGUCUAUUCAUAUGACUUUUAAUGAGUUAAUUAGCUUCAUUAAUGGCAGUACCCCUGAGUAGAUCAUGGCACUGGACCAUGUAAACAGCCUAGAAAAUGAGCGAUCACAGUUUCACCAGAAGUCUCUGCAUGAGCAAGAUCCACCUUUGAAAUGGUGAAAACGGUUUCUGUCUCUCACCACAAUUUCGCGGUCAUAAAUCUUGGAGAUAAACUUAGUAGCCUCAUGACAAUCUUCACAGACACGUAAAUUCUUGACGAUCCGGAUUGGUGUCCCUGGAGGUGUUUUCAGAAGGGCAAAUGCUAUAGCCAGCUUUUCACUAUGUUGGUUCACAGCAUCCUCUUUAUCUUCCUCGUCAAUAUCCAGUAACACUUCUGCAGUUGUAGCUACAAAUCCUGCCCUUCUCAUCUCUUUCCCCAUCUCAUCCAACAUUUCAUAGAUCUCUUUGCAAUCAGCGUGAUCCUUGUCUCCAGCUACAAAUUCAUAAAUCUCAUUAUCCAUCUCAAUCAUAGUGCUCCCUGGGAUCUUUCUAACCCCCUUUUUCCCCAUGGCCGAUCUAAUUGAAGUCUUCUUUUCCCAUUGUAACAGUUUUGCGUAAAUAUUUGAAAGCAACACAUAAUUAGACUCUAUCAUAGGUUCCUGGUUUAUAAGCUUUUCAGUGAUGCUUUGACUGAGCUUGAGCUCGCCAUGGGCUCGGCACGCAGUGACUAAUGCUCGCCAAAUAACUGGAUUCGGAUCAAUUGGCAUACUCUGGACAAACUCUAAAGCUUCUUUUACGAGCCCAGCCCUGCUCAACAGAUCAACCAUGCACCCGUAAUGUUCAAUCUUCGGUGAAAUCCCAAAUUUUGUUGUCAUUAAAUCAAAAUACAUCCUACCUUGCUCAACUAAGCCAGAAUGGCUACAAGCAUUGAGCAAACCUAUGAAAGCAACCUCAUCAGGCAUAAUUCCUUGACGCACCAUCUCCUCAAACAACAACACAGCAUCAGAACCACGGCCGUGCAUUGCCAUACCAACGAUCAAAGAUGUCCAAGACACAAUGUCCUUUUCGGGCAUGUUUCUAAAUAACCUCAAAGCCUCAUCCACAUCACCACACUUAGCAAACAUAUCAAUCAAAGCAUUGCAAAGCUCCAGGCUCUUGUGAACCUUUUCCUUCUCAAUAUACGAUGCCACCCACUUCCCAAUCUCAAUGGCACCCAAAUCAGUACAAGCAGACAACACCGACACCAUAGUGAUCUCGUCAGGCUUCACCCCAUCAAUCUGCAUUUUCCUAAACAAUCCCACCGCUUCACUCGACAUCCCUAACUUGGCGUAUCCACCAAUCAUCACACUCCAAGAAACUGAAUCCCAAUGGGGCAUUUCGUCAAACACUUUCCUGCCUAUCUCGAUCCCUCCAUCACAAGAACCAUACAUGUGAACCAUGGUAUUCAAAACAUGCUUAUCAUCGCCAAACCCAUAUUUCAACACUGAUGCGUAAACACUCUGGCCUAAACCCAAAUCCCCAAUCCCAGCACAGGCCUUGAGAACAAAAGGAUAGGUAAAUUUAUUUGGCAAAAUGCAAUCUUUAAUCAUCAUUUUGUAAUAAAACACUGCAUUCUUCUUUGAGUGACUGGUUUGAGCAUAAGCCCUGAUGACAGUAUUGAAUAGGAAGGUAUCGUAGAGAUGGGUUUGGGCAUCAGGGCCAAAUAGGAAACCAGAGGCAUACUGUAUUGCAUUAAGGUCAGAUGCUCUGGAAGCAAAUCUUGUAAGGACAAAAGGGUUACUGUGGAGUCCAAUUUUGAGGAUGUGAGUGUGGAUUUGGGACAGUUUUGGUAAGCUGUUGCAGAGUUCCAAGAGGGCUAAGCAAUUCUGCUCUGCAGCUCUCUUCCAUGAUGUGGAUAUUGACGAAAUCAUUUAAUCUUUGAGUUUUGUAAAAGUUUUGAUUUUUGAGUUAGUAAACUUGAAUAUGCAAGAAUUGCUUCAAUACUGGCAUUGUAACACCUCUUGACCUCUUCCCAAUUGAGUUUGAGAUUCUUCUAAAUUUUAUGUGAAAUUAGUCGUAGUAAGCUUAUUAAUAGUGGCAUUCUCAAAUUCUAACUUCUUUUCUCUCAAGUACAUCUUUUUAGAUUAUCCAAAAAACUGUCAUCGCAAAUUCAUUAAACAGCAUAUCAUGUCAUGAUGUCUCAAUCUUAAACUCUCCAAACAAACCAAACAACAAAAAGCCUCAUGUCAUGUGCUGACAAGUGAUUGGUCCCAGAUACGUCCACGUCACUACCUUACAAUAAGACAGUUGCCAUUUACACUGCCGAAUUGGCGCUUUUUCUCCUUCUCCUCCUUCUUUAGAUCUCUUCUUUUCAAUCCCCCCAAAUUCUACAGUUUAUUUACGAAUUGAUUGGUUUGAAACUGACCCUUUUCUUUAAGAAUAAGGAACAAGGAUUUUUUUUUUUCCCCCCAUCUCCUUCUCCAAUGAGAAAGCUUUCUUCUUUGAUAUUACUGGGAUUGUGUACUCAUGCAACCUCAAAAUUCAAGCCCAGUUAUGUUGCUGUUCGGUUUUACUGCAACACCAAUGAUUUUCCUCAUUCAUCUGUGUCCAGACGCGCUGGGCCUCUUGCACAAUAUAGAAGUCUGGUGCAGCAAGGGAAGUUGAAGCAGGAUCCUUACCAGGAAGAGGUUGCUUUUAAGCUUGAUAAUCUACUUGGGAAAUUGGAGCAGUAUGAGAAAGAUAUGGAGGAAUACCACGUACGGGUUUUGUGUUUCUUUGUUGCUGAAAGUGGUCCCUCCUUUUCCUGACAUUCUGCAUCUGUCUUACUAAUUCCAGGAAAAACUUAACAAGUGGGAGGAGAGUAGAGAAAAUGAAAGGCGCAGGCUUUUGACGGCAGAAGCUGAAGCAAAACAACAAGGAGGUGACAUAGAAUCAACCAUCAAGCAGGAAAAUUUUAUCCAGAGAUGGUUUUCUCGGAGGAGAUACAAAAACAUGGAACCAGGAGUAGGCAAAUGGGUAUCUUAUCUUAAUCGAGAGAAGAAAUUAGAUUCUAAAGUUGGUCGUCGACCUACAGCUCCUGCAGCCCCAAAAGGAUUAUAUUUAUAUGGGAAUGUUGGAAGUGGGAAGACAAUGCUCAUGGAUCUGUUUUACAGUGCCACUGAAGGAAUUGUUAAGCAUCGAAGAAGGUUUCACUUUCAUGAGGCUAUGCUUGAAAUAAAUGAACGCAUGCAUAAGAUAUGGAAGAGCCAAGUUGAGAACCAAAAUUUGCAGUCAAGCAUAUCUAGUUGGAUUGUUAAUCUUCCUUUCGAUACAAAGGUCAAAGAAUGGCUAGCUGCUGAAGAAAGAUUUAAGCAAGAGAUGCAGAUGAAAAACAUUCUUCCUGCAGUAGCCGAUAAAUUCCUUACUGAAUCCAAUGGACCCCGUGCAGGAGCUAGUGUUUUGUGCUUCGAUGAAAUACAGACAGUCGAUGUUUUUGCUAUUGUGGCAUUAUCUGGCAUUUUAAGUAGAUUAUUAAGCACUGGAACGAUACUUGUUGCAACUAGUAAUCGUGCACCUGCGGACCUAAAUCAGGAUGGUAUGCAGAAGGAGAUUUUCCAGAAGCUUGUACACAAAUUAGAUGAACAAUGUGAAAUUAUUCUUAUUGGAAGUGAAAUUGAUUAUCGCCGUUUAAUAGCAAAAGCAUCUGUAGAUGAGGUGUAUUUUUGGCCUCUGGAUAGCACCAAAGCAAAGGAAUUUGAGAGCGCCUGGGACAAGCAUACUCAACUAUCUGGUGGAACAAUUAUUUCCAGAACAAUCGAAGUCAUGUUUGGAAGAACUCUGGAAGUUCCUCAAAGCUGCAAUGGGAUUGCGCGUUUCACAUUCGAGUAUUUAUGUGGUCGACCGGUUGGAGCUGCAGACUAUAUUGCUGUGGCUAGAAAUUACCACACAGUGUUCAUAUCAGACAUUCCUAUUAUGAGCAUGCGAAUCCGUGACAAGGCUCGUCGAUUUAUCACUCUCAUUGAUGAAUUAUACAAUCAUCAUUGCUGCGUGUAUUGUUCUGCCGCUGCUUCUGUAGAUGAACUAUUUCAAGGAACUGAAGAGGGUACACUUUUUGACCUGGAAAGCUUCCAAUUCGAGACAGAGACAGAAGAUACCAAACUUCGGCAAGAUGUUCUUGCAGCGGGUACAAUUAGUUCAGGAGGUUCACCAACUGGGAUUAUUUCAAUGUUAUCUGGUGAAGAGGAGAUGUUUGCAUUUCGCCGAGCUGUUUCCCGCUUGAUCGAGAUGCAAACACCUUUAUACCUGGAAGGCGUUCGUGACCUUCAUCCUUAUUUCCCGCAUCAGAAUAAAGAGGGAUUAGAUGUCUUUAGUUCUAGAACUACAAACUUCCAGGAGGCAUUGUCUCUUGAAGGCAACUGAGAUGUAUACAUCAUUGAUUUUUAACCCUAAUAAUACAUUGGUUUUGUCCCUAUCUUGUAUAAUGAUAUAUCAAGCCCAGGGCAUUCAUAUCAAUAACAUACAACGAAAACAACUUUUUGUUACUGAUUUGGCCAAACCCUUUCCUCAUAUUUUGCUGUGCAAAUUGAUUAAACUGUCUCAUAUCCUGCAGAAUAAAGAAAAAAUGUUGAGCCAUGGAGUAGAUUUGCAGAAUAAGGGAUAUGAACUGAUGAUGCAGCAUCAUGGAUGUUGCGUUUUUUGAACUUACUGAGCGUAUUCAAUGUUGAUUUUGGCAUCAGGUCGGCGUGAAAUGGCAGCAAAAGCAUCCAUGGACAUGACGAUUGUUGAAGGACAUGGGCGUUGGGAGCAGAAAUCCACCACCCUAACAUCAAUGGUGGUGUCAAUGUCUUUGCAAGGUUUGUUAUUCCCACUCAGGCAUCUUAACCUGUAUCGCCUGCCACACGCAGCUCCAUUAUCCCACAGCCCUUCACUCACUGAUACAAAUAGGUUUCCUGCUGGGAACUGAUCAGGUCUGUUUCCCCCACAUUUUGUAG